GAAGUCGGGGCCGAGCCGCUUCCUGUAGGCAGAGGGAUGAACGCAGACAAAGCUGGGUGGGGACUCGCCGCUCGGGGCUGCUGCUGACCAGCCUCCUCCUGCUUCCAGCCCGCAUCCCUCCCUCCAUCCAUCCCUCCAUCCAUCCGUCCAUCCCUCCAUCCUUCCCUCCGUUCAUCCCUCCGUCCCGCCGCCGCCCGCCCCGCCGGGACCCGGGGCAGCACAACCCGCUUCCAGGUAGCAGACGGCCAAGAGGAGCAGAUCUUCCCCUAGAGGCACAAAGCCCCGGAGAGACCUGCUUCUGCCCCUCCGGAGCGCGCGCCGGGCUCGCCCAUGGCUAGCAACAACACUGCUAGCAUAGCACAGGCUCGUAAGCUGGUGGAGCAGCUGAAGAUGGAGGCCAACAUCGACAGGAUAAAGGUGUCAAAAGCAGCAGCAGACCUGAUGGCCUACUGUGAAGCCCACGCCAAGGAAGACCCUCUAUUGACUCCUGUCCCGGCCUCAGAAAACCCUUUUAGAGAGAAGAAGUUCUUCUGUGUGAUCCUGUAAACCCUUGAGGAGCCUGACUGGCACUCAGGCCACCCUGAACACUGAUGUAGAGUUUUUAGGAACGGGGGACGACCUGCUAGUCUGCAGAAUUUCAACAAAAAAUAAGUAUAAUAUAUGGCCUGGAAGCUACAGAGAUGUGCAUGUUUGAAAAACCUGGCCACCUUUGGGGGAAUUAAGAUGAUCUGCGUUGCAAGGCAAAAGAUCUGAAGUCUGUAGAGUUGCCUAGAAAGGAAAAAAAAAAAAAAAAAAAGGGAAAAAGAAAAAAAAGGAAAAAAAAAAUAUCUGUAAAGAAUAAAUUUGUGCCACUUUUCAGCUCCCCAAAAUUGUUUGUUCCAUAUUUAAAGCACCAGAGCUGUGCUGAGCAACGUAACUGCUAAGGAUGUGUAUAACCCUCUUGGAAUGAUAUUGUUGGUUUCUUCCCAGAGCCUGAUUUACGAUUUUGUCCGUCGGGUUUUCGUUUCGGUUCGGUCGGUUGGUUUUAAUUUUAAGUUGUCAGCUACCAUAGCCACAGGUGAGGUUGACCACGAUGUCCCUCAGUGUCUGGUCCUUGUGCUUUCCCAGCCCUGCCGGCAGCGCAGCGGAGGGGCUGGGGCGGCAGCGCGGGCGCCGGCGUCUCCGUGUCUGUAGCGCAAUCCCGCUUCCCAACCUUCCCGCCUGUGGUUCCCUUCGGCUCUGCCAGUGAAAGCGAGUCGCGUGUCGUGGUUGGUGCUUCGUACCCCUGUGCCCCACGUUCGGUGGUAGUGCAUGAGAGUUUGUCUCUGUCCGUCCGCUCCAGGCUUUUCCUUCGCCAUCGUUCGACUUCGCGUGCUGGUGGGAGAAGCUGUAGGGAGGAAAGGGAGGCGGUUCGGGAAGCAAAGACAGCUCCUGCCAUGCCUUAGAUGUGCCUGAGAUACCUCCUGUGUUAGGGUAGGUGUUGGCCCCCUGGGUGUGGGGGCUCGGGGUGGACCCUGCCCUGGGCAUUGCAGGGUAGCUAGAGAUCUGAAAAAUCAAAGUUGAUCACUUCUUUCCGGGUCUUUCCUGUUCUCCUACACCUCUGUGCCUCUGCCCUCCUCGCUCGGUCCCUGUCCUGCUCUUGCAGCUUCCCAGCAGCAUCUCCUUGCCUUGGGGCUGGACCAGGAUGCUGUCCCACAGGGAGAUGCUUCUUCAUGGUGGGAUGCUCCCCCACCUUGGAAUGCUCACUGUGGUGGGAUGCUCCUUCGUGGUGGGAUGCUCCCCCACAUGGGGUUGCUCACCGUGGUGGGAUGCUCACCAUGGUGAGAUGCUCCCCCACACUGGGUUGCUCACCAUGGUGGGAUGCUCCCCCACAUGGGGUUGCUCCCUGUGGUGGGAUGCUCACCAUGGUGGGAUGCUCCCUGCAGUGGGAUGCUCACCAUGGUGGGAUGCUCACCAUGGUGGGAUGCUCCCUGCAGUGGGAUGCUCACCAUGGUGGGAUGCUCCCUGCAGUGGGAUGCUCCUUCAUGGUGGGAUGCUCCCUGUGGUGGGAUGCUCGCUGGGAUGCUCCUUCAUGGUGGGCUGCUCCCCCACAUCGGGCUGCUCACCAUGGUGGGAGGCUUCCCUGCAGUGGGCUGCUCCCCCACAGUGGGAUGCUGCCCCAUGUUGGGAUGCUUCUGCCCCUUCCAGCACCCACCACCUCUCCCAUUCCUGCUUCCACCCUGCCAUGCUGGGUAGGAGCAGGGGAGCAGCGUGGGAAGCCAUGGGGUCACCCCUUCCCAGAGGUGCCUGAUACCUGUUUACAUGCAGCCUGAGCCCCUUGUCAGGCUGGGGAAUUAUUCCUGGGUCCGGUUCAUCCACUGUCAGCAUCCCUGGGGAGACAAGCCACCUUUCUGGGGGCUCCUCUUUGGGUUCAUACUUUGGUGGCCAUGGCUUGGCUCUCCUUCUGAACUCUGAACACCUCCUGGCUUUCCCUGCUCAUCUGUGCUCCUGGGAAACUCUGGGAAUCCUAACCUGGGGAUCUGCAUGCAAAAUUAGGUCAGGUAGAGGCUUGGGUGUCAGCAGUGACCCCACUAAACUAGUUCUGAAUCAGGUGUCAGCUUCAAAAUCCCUGUGGAUUCAAGAGUCUUUAGGAACCUCCUGGUGAAUCUUUCCAGCCCGUAACAAGUGCAUUUUGGUUUUUCUACCUUUUCAUACUCUUUUUCUAGUCUUCUACAAAGAAGACCAGUGGUUCUUACACUGGACUCCCGAACUUUUUGGCACCUGGGAAUGUUUAUACGCCACGAAUAGCCAAGAUGGUCCCAGCCCACCCCAACUUUAAACCUCCCUGUGUCCAUCUUUUUAACUCCAGCUCACGUAGCUUUAGGUCGAAGGACGGAUGAAGUCGUUUGCUCUGCAGCUGAGUUCACUCUUGCUGUCCCAAGGCAGACGUGUAAAUCCCACCCCGCUGCCCCCCUCGUGGGUUUGUCUUUUCUUUUUUUCACACUGAUUUACAGUCAAGGAGAGCAAAACGCAGCCGGUCUGACCCGGGGCUCACACCCCAGCCCUUCCCAACCCCUGUCACCAAGUGGUUUGUAAUAAUUUUUUAAACGACUCGCCUAUUUAACAACUUGAAUUCUUAAUAAAUAAACAAAGAGGGGA